CAAAGCUCAUGCUGCUCACGGGAACGAGUGUAAAAUAAACUUGAAGAUGCAGUUCAUGCUGCUUUUUAGCAGGCAGGGAAAGCUGCGGCUUCAGAAAUGGUACGUGCCGUUGUCUGACACACAGAAGAAGAAAAUCUCCCGUGAGGUCAUUCAGAUGGUGCUGGCACGCAAACCUAAAAUGUGCAGCUUCCUGGAAUGGAGGGAUUUGAAGAUCGUCUAUAAAAGAUAUGCCAGCCUGUACUUUUGCUGUGCUGUGGAGGACCAGGAAAAUGAGUUGAUAACUCUGGAGAUCAUCCACCGAUACGUGGAGCUGCUGGACAAGUAUUUUGGCAGUGUGUGUGAGCUGGACAUUAUCUUCAACUUUGAGAAAGCCUAUUACAUUCUGGAUGAGUUUAUACUGGGCGGUGAAGCCCAAGAGACAUCGAAGAAGAACGUUCUAAAGGCCAUAGAGCAAGCGGACAUGCUGCAGGAGGAAGCCGAGACACCACGUAGUGUUCUGGAAGAGAUUGGACUGACAUAAAUGUCGAGAGCACAUCCUACUCCAAACGCAUCUUACUGUCUUUUUUUCUGUGGGCAUUUUCUCCAAGUCUGUAUUUUAGGUUAGCUUGCAGGCUAAAGUAGUGUUUAACAUAAUCAACACUUCCAGCAUUACCCAUAUAGACUCUUGUAUUUCUACUGCCAAACAUCUGAGGGAAUCGAGCACAUGGAAAUAUUAAUCUCAGCAGUUAUGCAAAUUCCCCAUAGCGUUCGACUGUUUGGAUUAGAAUGCGUGUAGCAAAGAUUAGCGUUAGCAUUAGCAUCCCCACAACUUUCCAUCUUCUCUGAUUUCAAACAUUACCUCUCACCUUCAGCUGCCUUAAAACACUCAUCUCCAGCUCACACUGUAACUUAUGCAACUCUCUGUAGUUCCAAGUCAGCAGUUCUAUACUGAGAUUUGCUGAAGUGUUACGGACCAAACCAUUUAUUUCGCUUCAAAGGGGAACCCUAGAUAAUGUAAGCUGAACACUUAGACUUUUAAGGGAUAAAUUGUAUUAACUAAGGCACAAGUAAACACAACAGUAUUAGUAAAUUCUUGACCAAAAACACUGUAAUAAUUUAUUCCUGUUAACAUAAUUGGUAUUUGCCUUUUAAAGAGAUAGUUCACCCAAAAAUGAAAAUUUUCUUAUCCUCCAUUUUGUUCCAAACAUGUUUGAAUUUCUUCUUAAACACAAAUGAAGAUAUUUUGAAGAAAGCCUUCGACUUGGUAUUUGUUUCUCCUAUUAUGAGUGUCAAUAGCUACAGGCUUUUUAGCAUUCUUCAGAAUAUCUCUAUUUGUGUUCAACAGAUUAAAGAAACUCAUAAAGGUUUGGAAGCACUUGAGGAUGGAUAAACUGAAUAAAUUUUCAUUUCUGGGGUGAUCUAUGCCCUUUGAACCACUGUUUUAUUUUCAAUGCCAAAGAAUCUUCUCCACCAUCUUCAUGCCUUUUUCCCUUAAAUUCAUCUUUAUUUUGUUUGACUUUGAUUCUCUGACGUCCUGUUGAGGACACGUGUCUUUUGAAGCUCUAUAUAAACAAGAAUAAAAGUCAGAUGAUUGCAGCAUGUUGUCCAAUCUUUGGCAAUAUCUUACUAAUAAAGAAUAUAAUUAAA